AUGGCUAUGCCGACCACCGUCACCAGUCUGCAGCUCUGCAAACUUCUCUGUCAACGUCUUAUGAAAAUUCCACAUAAAAUUCUUAUUCGCGACAAGACCAAACCGAUUUCUCUAUUACGACAAGUGUACGACGCCGGCCACCGUUGCUUCGGCGAGAAUUACGUCCAAGAGGUUAUCCAAAAAUCCCCUCAAGUGCAAACUUCCGGAGGGCAUUUUAUUGGAAAUUUGCAGAGCAAUAAAGUGAAGCCUCUUUUGACUGGAGUACCAAAUCUUGCUGUGGUGGAAACAGUUGAUGAUGAGAAGAUUGCCAAUCACCUUGAUCGUGCAGUAGGAAACAUUGGAAGAAAACCUUUGAGAUUCUUUGUCCAAGUUAACACAAGUGGAGAAGAAUCCAAAUCUGGUGUCGAACCAGCUCCUUGUUUGGAGCUUGUCAAACAUAUUACUGUAUCCUGUCCAAAUCUCGUUUUCAGUGGCUUAAUGACAAUAGGAAUGCCUGAUUAA